AUGCAAACUAAGGCAAGCGCACCUGAACCUCUCUCCGAUAUCCGCACCUGGUCACUCUUAGAGCGCCGCGGAAAGCUCGCUAAGGGUACUCGGAUACAAGUCUCUGCUUACAAAGGUAGCAAUGUCGCAAUCGACAUGCCGCUACCACUUCUCCACGCGUGCUCUACGAAGAUGGUGGCACGCAUAGAGAACAACAAGAUCACACUUCCAUCGAAUGUCGAAGGUAGGGUCGCUGCAAAUCUCUUGCAUCAUCUUCGAGACCUAACGUCCAACGGGACCACUACACCGAUGGCAUUAUCGUUCAAUCAUGUCGACAACCUGAAGAUGUGCGGCGUCGCUGAGGUCCUUGGCUUAUCAAUGUAUGUCCAGCACAUUAUUGAGCACUACACAAAUAUGGCUCGAAGCAACGAACUGUCAUACAACCUGAUUGACUUCAUCUCCAAGAUGAAGGGAGACGUUGGGAAGAAAUUGUUCAACGAGGUGGCCCGAACUCAGGGCAUCGCCUCCUUCGAAGGCCAUGUCAAUGACAAAAAAGCUUUUAUAGCUUACCUUGCUACAAACUCUCGCCUUCAUGAAGCUAUUACUUCUGUUCAUGUUGAGCAGCAGAGAAUCUCAGAAGAGAUGACUAAGGCUCGCGAGGACUACAUGCUGCGUGAAGCGUGUCGUCAGAGCAAGCAGUUGAUGACACCAGAGGAGAAGGAAGAGGCGAGGUCGAAGAAGGUUAAUUGGAAAGAGACGCAGAUCAGGUUGAAAGAGAAGGAGCGCAAAGAGACAGAAUUGGUGGCAGUGGUGAGGGAGAAGCGGAAGAGGGGAUGGAAGAAUUGGAGCGCCGAGGAGGCGAGUGUCUUGGAAAAGUACUUCGGGAAAAGGGUUAGUGUCCAGACGUGA